AUGUCGGCCAAAGCCCUGAGUGAGUACACCGGCAAAGAAUUGCUCUAUCGGCAUCUUAACCAUCUCGAUUUCGUCGUCAAACCCCAGGCUGUCCCCCUCGACGAAUUCAACGACUUCGACGACAAAGCCAAGGGUUGCCGUUGGAUCCAACAAGGAGAAAAAGGAGUUGUCAAACCAGAUCAGCUUAUCAAAAGACGAGGAAAGCAUGGCUUGGUCAAGCUGGGAUCCGUCCCCGAAUUGAAGGCUUGGUUUAAUGAAAAGAAAGGGCAAUAUGUGACCGUGAGUUAAAUCCUGUUUGCCAUAGGUUUUAUAUUAUCUCCCUGACGCGUUAUCAUAAUUCUAACGAAUUUUAUCUGAUUUCUUCAUUUUUCUUCAAAUUUCCGGAUUUCAGUUUUCUUUCAAUUUUCCGGAUUUUUACGCAAAUUCCGAUUUAGUGAUGCAAUCGUCUACAAACUCCUUUUCGGCGAUUUUUGCUGACUAAUAUAUGAUCAGGAAAUCAAAAAUAAAAUUUGUUUCUUCCAUAUUAUCACCUAAAACAAUAUUAUUUUAGGUUGGCAAAACCACCGGGCGCCUCUCCAGAUUUAUUGUCGAGCCUCUGUGCAAACACGAGGAUUCAGAAGAGUUUUAUUUGGCCAUUUACAGUCGACGUGAAGAGGAUAUUAUCUUGUUCUACGAACAAGGAGGCGUUGAUGUUGGAGAUAUUGAUGCUAAGGUAAGUUAUAUGAAUGAAGGCUAAGACAUAUUCUUUUAACUCAACAUUUUAGGCACGCAAACUUGUGGUUGGAGUGGAAUUGAACGAAGAUGAGCAGACCUUUUCCGAUGUCCAAUUAGACGCCUUAAUCGGGUCUAAUGUCAAGGCAGCCGAUAAGAAGCAAGAUCUUUUAAACUUUAUCAUUUGUUUGGAUAGAAUUGUUGUUUAUUAUUCUUUUCUAGGCUUUUAACCGUCUUUAUCCGAGAGUUGUACAACUUGUACAAGCGCCUGUACUUUACUUACCUCGAGAUUAAUCCCCUGGUUCUCACUGGAGGAAAGAUUCAUGUACUCGAUCUUGCUGCCAAACUCGAUGAAACCGCUUUUUUCUUGUGUUCAGAGCUCUGGAAGACUCGUUCUGAUGAGCCAGUUGAAUUCCCAGCUCCUUUUGGCCGAGAUCUUUCAAAGGAAGAGAAAUAUAUCGCCGAUUUGGACGCCAAGACUGGUGCUUCUUUAAAGUUGACCAUUCUCAACAGACAAGGUCGUAUCUGGACAAUGGUGGCUGGUGGAGGAGCUUCGGUUGUUUUUACGUAAGUGUGAAGUUUAAUGGUUUUUCCUUUGGGAGUUCAAAGUAAAGAUGAAUAUUUUUAGUGAUACUGUUUGUGACCUCGGUGGAGCAACUGAGUUGGCUAACUACGGAGAAUAUUCUGGCGAUCCAAGCGAAUCGCAGACUUUUGAAUAUGCGAAGACAAUUCUGACCAUGAUGACAGAAGGAGAGAUCCAUCCUAAGGGCAAGGUUCUCAUCAUCGGUGGCUCUAUUGCCAACUUCACCAAUGUUGCUGCCACUUUCAAGGUAGGCAUUGUGUAUUCAGAUAUUAUAUUUCUUUUCAGGGCAUCAUUCGAGCUUUGGAGACGUUUGCCGAUCUCCUGAAGCAACACAGUGUGAGCGUUUAUGUACGCCGUGGAGGGCCCAACUACCAAGAAGGUCUUCGAAUGAUGAAAGAAGCCGGUCAGAAGGUUGGAAUCCCAAUCCACGUUUUUGGACCCGAGACCCAUAUGACGGCCAUUGUUGGAGCUGCUCUUGGUGUUCGUCCUCUUCCUGAAGUUGCUCAUGCCCCCAAGACCACUGGAACUUUUCUUCUUCAGCCCGGAACUAACACUGCCGGUAUGGUGAGAACUCCAGAGACUUCUCAACUCUCGACCAAUGAAUUGACCGGACAGUCUACUCAGACUGCUGCAUUGAACACGGCGAACGCUACGCUCAGUAAUGUUCAAGGACGGCUUUCAGCUCUGUUUGAUCAAAACACCAAAGCCAUUAUCUGGGGUCAACAAACGAAGGCCAUCCAAGGAAUGCUUGACUUUGAUUAUGUCUGCAGUCGGAACUCGCCUUCAGUUGUCGCAUCUACUUAUCCUUUCACGGGGGAUCACAAACAGAAGUUCUACUUUGGUCAGAAGGAAGUCCUUAUUCCUGCCUACAAGUCGAUGAAGAACGCCUUCACUUCUCAUCCAGAUGCCUCUGUUAUGGUAACAUUUGCUUCACUCAGGUCCGUCUAUGACACUGUUAUGGAAGCUCUCGAUUUCCCUCAGCUUAAAGUCAUCGCAAUCAUUGCUGAAGGAGUUCCAGAGAAUCAGACGAGGCGCAUCUUGACCAAAGCCAUUCAAAAGGGAAUCGUCAUCAUUGGUCCCGCUACUGUUGGUGGAAUCAAACCAGGAUGUUUCAAGAUUGGGAACACCGGAGGAAUGAUGGACAAUAUAUUGGCUUCGAAACUCUACCGUCCAGGAUCAGUCGCUUACGUCUCCAGAUCAGGUGGAAUGUCGAAUGAGUUGAACAAUAUUUUGGCUCAUAACACCAACGGAGUUUUUGAGGGUGUUGCCAUUGGUGGUGAUCGGUACCCUGGAUCUACUUACACAGACCACGUUCUCCGUUAUCAGAACGAUGACCGUAUCAAGAUGAUUGUAUUACUCGGAGAAGUCGGAGGGGAGGAAGAAUACAAGAUUGUAAGAGCUCUUGAGUCCAAGAAGAUCACGAAACCAGUAGUUGCAUGGUGUAUUGGAACCUGUGCUGAUCACAUCACUUCCGAUGUCCAAUUUGGUCAUGCUGGAGCCUCUGCGAAUGCUUCUUCGGAGACUGCUGCCGCGAAGAAUGCCGCCUUGAGGAAGGCCGGAGCUGUUGUUCCCUCAUCAUUCGAUGAUUUUGGAAAGUGCAUCAGAGAAGUGUAUGAAGAUCUGGUCAAGAAAGGAGUGAUCGUCCCCCUUCCCGAACGUCCUCCGCCGCCAGUUCCCAUGGAUUAUGCCUGGGCCCGCGAACUUGGCCUUAUCAGAAAGCCAGCUUCAUUUAUGACUUCCAUCUGUGAUGAACGAGGAGAAGAACUUCUGUAUGCCGGCGUCCCAAUCUCAAGAGUAUUGGAAGAAGACAUCGGAGUUGGUGGAGUCUUGUCGCUACUCUGGUUCCAGAAGCGUCUUCCCGAUUACGCCAACAAGUUCAUUGAGAUCUGCCUUAUGUUGACUGCUGAUCACGGUCCGGCUGUUUCUGGAGCUCACAACACCAUCGUCUGUGCUCGUGCUGGCAAGGAUCUGAUCUCUUCUCUGGUUUCUGGUCUAUUGACAAUUGGAGAUCGAUUCGGUGGAGCCUUGGAUGGGGCGGCGAAAACGUUUUCUGAUGCCGUGGAUAAGGGUUUGAGUCCCAUGCAAUUUGUAAAUGAACAACGACGUCUUGGAAAACUUAUCCCUGGAAUUGGACAUCGAGUCAAGUCGGUUAGUUUUUUUAAUCGGAUUCUAUGGUUUAGCUAUUGAAUCUAAACUGUUUUUAUUUUAGAUUAACAACCCUGAUAAACGUGUCGAAAUUUUGAAGAAGUUUGCUCUGGACCGUGCCCGUUUUCAACAAGAAACUCCUCUUUUGGACUAUGCGCUGAAGGUAGAAGCUAUCACCACAUCCAAGAAGCCCAACCUCAUUCUCAAUGUUGAUGGUGCAAUUGGAGUAAUCUUUGUCGACAUCCUCCGACAGUCUGGCAUGUUCACAGCCCAGGAAGCCAGUGAAACGAUCGAGAUUGGGGCAUUGAAUGGUCUCUUUGUUCUUGGCCGUUCUCUUGGAUUUAUAGGCCAUUAUCUGGAUCAACGUCGUCUCAAACAAGGCUUGUAUCGUCACCCAUGGGACGACAUCAGCUAUGUUCUUCCGGAAGACCACUCCUAA